GAAAGAGAGUGUGUAAGUAAGUGAGUGGGGUUUUCCCGCCCUUUCUCGGCCACCGUGACAUGCCGUUUCCCGCCAAAAAAUAGUCGCUGAUACCAGACGACGCUGCACGACAGUAACGGGUGGUCUGUGCACUGUUGCGAACGGUGGUGAACAGCAGGUGAUAAUCCGCAGUAAAUCGUCUCGGCGCAACGAGACUGCCGUCGAUCGUACAUAACGUUGGCGCGAUCCCGCCGAUGUAAACAUGUAUAUCAAAGUGAGGCGAAUAGACGGCAAAGGUGAGGCGAUCAUAACGAUCUCCAAGCUCACUCGUGUGGAGGAUUUAAAGCGCGAAAUCGAAAAGGAACUGAACGCCGAGGCUGGCUCACAGAGAUUGUUUUUCCGCGGUAAGCAGCUGGAAAAUGGCUACAAGUUAUAUGAUUAUAACGUUAAUUUGAACGACGUGAUACAAUUGAUGGUGAAGAUAAGAUUAGAUGAUACGGAGAACAAGGCCACUUCCAGCAAUGGUGAUAGCACGGAAGAAAGUGAGAAUAUAGGUAAAAGUGUAGAAGAGGAUAAAGUGGAGGAAGAUACGGAGCUGAUAGAAGCAGAAAGUUUGUAUUACAAGAUCGGAGACGCGAUAGAUUGCCUCGACCAGGAGCACCACGGCGCCUGGUUCGAAGCUAUCGUGCAGAAAAUCUUCAAGCAAGAGGCUGAACUGAUUUACAAGGUUCGGUGGGAAUUCGACGAUAAAAUUUCCCCCUUCAACGUGCCUGAAACGUCCAUACGGCCGCGCGCUAGGCGUCUUCUACCGUUCGAUGAAUUAUCCAUCGGUCAGAAGGUGAUGAUCAAUUACAACGUGGAGGACCCCAAGGAGAUCGGAUUGUGGUAUGACUUUACGAUAUCCAAGUUGGAGAAGAGAAGGAGAUUGGAGGAGUUAACCGGAGUAUUGCAUAUAGGCAGCGAUAACGAGCUGGAGAAUCUGAAGGUAAAUUCCAGGGGGGAGGUGUAUGCGAUAGAAUCGCCGAAAUUAUUGGUGGAACGAUCGGCCGAGGACGAGGAGUUUAUGAUCAGCAAUGGCAAACGCAGACGUAUCGCAGCCACGUGCACCUCGUGCAUGGAUAAUCCUCAGAGGAAGUGUCGGGAAUGCGGUUGCAAAAUCUGUGCCGGCAAGGAGGAGGAACACAACCUUUUGCUCUGCGACGAGUGUAAUUUGGCUUAUCACUUGGGUUGCUUGGAUCCACCGCUGAGCAAAAUCCCGGAGGAGGAUUACUGGUACUGUCCCGAGUGUAAAAACGACGAGAACGAGAUCGUUAAGGCGGGCGACAAGUUGAAGGAAUCGAAGAAGAAAUCCAUCGCUCAAAGCAACGAUCUGCCCAAGAGGGACUGGGGAAAAGGGAUGGCUUGUGUCGGGAGGACGAGGGAGUGCAGCAUCGUGCCGCCGAAUCAUCGCGGCCCGAUUCCCGGCGUGGAAGUUGGCACAUGUUGGAUGUUUCGAGUACAGGUUUCUGAAACCGGAGUGCACAGACCACACAUAGCCGGCAUACAUGGGCGAGAAACGGACUGUGCGUAUUCUCUCGUCUUGUCGGGCGGCUAUGAGGACGACAUAGACUACGGUGACGAAUUCAUCUAUACCGGUUCUGGCGGUCGAGAUUUGUCCGGUAACAAGCGAACUGCCGGGCAAAGCUGCGACCAAACGUUAACCAGGAUGAACAAAGCGCUGGCGGUGAACUGUAAUGCGAAGGUGAACGCGAAGGACGGCGCGACGGCGGAGAACUGGAAAGGGGGGAUACCGGUUCGCGUGGUGCGCAACUUCAAGUUGGCGAAGCACAGUAAAUACGCCCCGCGGGAGGGUAACAGAUACGACGGCAUAUACAAAGUGGUGAGAUAUUACCCGGACGUGGGCAAGAGUGGUUUCCGCGUGUGGAAAUACAUGCUGAGAAGAGACGAUCCCGCUCCUGCGCCCUGGACCGAGGAGGGCAAGGAGAGAAUCGCCUCGCUCGGCCUGAAGCUUCUCUACCCCGACGGAUAUCUCGAGGCGAUGAAGAAGAAUAAUCAUUCAAGCGGCAAGAAACGGCCCGCCGAUCCGGAGGACAUCGUCGCCACUUCGGCGAAGGGGAAGAAGAGCAAAUUCAAGAAAUUGAAGCAAAAGACUUACAAAUUGGAGGACAAACUGAUGAGUCUCAUAAAGGAGGAUCAUUUGAACGCGAAAUUGUGGGACGAGUGUUGCACGGCUAUCUCGGACGGCAAAUCCGUAUUUAUGGAGCACGUUAUAGACAGAUUCCUGUGCGCUUGUUGCCUCGAGAUAGUCUGCAAUCCCGUGACGGUUCCUUGCGCGCACAACAUAUGCCUGAGUUGUUUGAAACGCAGCUUCUCGUCCGGCGUGUACAGUUGUCCUUCGUGCCGGCAUAAAUUGGACAAGAAUUACAAGAUGGAAGUCAAUCGGCCGUUGUCAGCUGUAUUAUUACAGCUUUAUCCCGGUUACGGUAGUGGAAGAUAACGUUAUCUUUUUCCACGCACUAAUAUGAUGCCAAAUUGCGCAUUAAAUUAUAUUUAUAAGUUAUAGAAUGAAAAUCUAGAGGCUAAAUUGAUAUUGAUGUCCUUCAAUCAUAUUCGGACAGUUAUAAUCAUUUAGGAUGCGUUCACUUAUUCACGGGAAAUACCGUUGGCAUUGCGAAUGUUUUGGAUGUAUUUCUGAAUACAUCGGGUUGCCAAAGUAUCGCUACAAACAUAUGUUGCUGAUUUUGUCGUAACUUCCCGCCAGCGACUGCUGGCAAGGCUAGCAAAGCGACUGCUGGCGAGAUAAAGAUAGUCAGUGUAAGAUGGCUACUUCAUCUAAUGAUGAAAUAACCUUAAUUAUUUAUCGAAUGCAUUUGGAACUCCAUAUCUGAAUAUGGCGAGACAAUAUUUUCAACAUAUCUCCAACAUUUACACUCUAAGUAUCUGAAUUCGCCAAUUUAUUUCUAUCAUUUCGAUAUCCGAACGUUUUCGUUAUGGAAUCAUUAUCUUUAUAUAAUCUUUAUAUAAUUUCUAUUAAGGCUAAACUCUUUCUCUCUCUACUAGUCAUAUUAAUUUUGAGACUAAUCAUAAGCGAAAAAUGGUAAAUUUCUCGCGUUAUAUAGCUUUAUUUCUUCUUAGUUUUCCCGAAAAAAAAAAAAUGGUUCCGUAAUCCCGUAUCAAAUGUGCGGAAAACAAGUAUUUGACCGAUAUGUCACGCAGACCGGUAUUCAUAGUCAGAUUUUAUAUUAGAUUUUAUAUUUAAGAUAGUCUUAAGUUCAUCUUUAGAUGCUUCGUAGCUAACGAAAUGAGCAUACAGCAUCUGAAGAUGAGGACUUGAGACCAAUCUUACAUAUAAUCCAACUAUAUGAAUAUCGGCUGUAGAAUCGCAAAAUUAUUUCUAAAUUAACUGGUCAUUUUUCAGCUAUAUUUGGUCGGCUAUGAUUUCAGGAAUUAGUUUGUGA